UUGUGAUUCACAUGUGGAGGGGAAGUACUCAGUACCUCCAGAACAUCUUAGUUCCUACAAUCAGUUGUACUCAAAAUACUGUAGUCAUUACACCAGUGUCCUAAGGAGGAUUUGUAUUUUUUUGUGUGUUCAUAUUUUCGCGUUGUCAUAGAGGAACAAUGAUGUUCAAGGCGAUUUCAUCCAUAAAAGUGAAGGUUGAGUUGAAACCAGUAGUGGACAAUUUGGUCUUCCGCCUACACUACCGAUAUACUUACACAAUAUAUAUGGUCUCCAUGCUGCUAUGUACGAUAUAUGAUAUUAUAGGAGACAAAAUCAGCUGUAUGACUGGAAUAGACUCUGAUGCCUACAACGAUGUGGUCAGUAACUUCUGCUUUAUCAUGGGCACAUUCACGGUGGAUCGCUUGCAUGGAGUCAAGAUUGGUGCCGAAGCUCCACACCCGGGCGUUGGGCCACAACAACCAGGUGACAACGUUACUUUUCACACGUACUACCAGUGGGUUCCCUUCGUUCUCUUUAUUCAGGGAGUGAUGUUCUACGCUCCUCACUGGCUGUGGAAGAGCAGGGAGGGCGGCCUUUUCAAGCAGGUUAUACAAGAUCUCUCCAUUCGUGAUUACCUGGGCUCAGACCUCAGGAAUUACUUUGGUCGGGAAGAAAGGUACGCUGCGCUUUCUAAAUACAUCUACCACCACAUGGACAAUCAUAGGGACUGGGCCUAUUCCUUCUUCUUCUGUGAGUUCCUCAACCUUGGCGUGGUGAUAGGCACUUUAUUCCUCACUGACUGGUUCCUGGGUGACGAGUUCCUAGCAUAUGGCGUCAAGGUGUUUGGGAUGAUUGGGAUGGACCCAGAGAACAGGACAGACCCGAUGUCAUACGUCUUCCCCAGGAUGGUUAAGUGUACCUUCAAGAGCUUCGGUGCCUCAGGAACCAUACAAGUGAGAGAUGUUAUGUGCCUCAUCGCUACUAACAUCAUCAACGAGAAGAUCUUCGUCUUCCUGUGGGUGUGGCUGGUGUUACUGACGACUGUUACCUCUAUAUACCUGGCUUACCGUCUCCUCCUCAUCUUCGUUCCCUACUUAAGACGCCUCCGCCUUCAGAUGCUGGUGAAGACAGAGAUGAAGCAUGAUGUUGCUACAGUGAUGAAGCAAGCCUCUCUCAGUGACUGGUUCCUCAUAUACAACCUGGGCAUGAAUAUGGAGAUGAGUGUUUUCAGCGAGUUCAUACAUUACUUUGCUAGAGAACUCUCGAACUCUACCGACACUCUGCCUGUUGAUGAGAAGGAGAGUAUGAACUUGUGAGAUGAUCAAAGGCUUAGGAAAUAUAAGAUGAAAAUAAGAUUUGCAGUAGGAUUACUGUAGUGUAGGUUAAAAAGACAAAACUGCGGCAGGCCUAGUGUAGUAAAGGCUGAACAGGAAAAACACAAUGAUAAGCCUACUGAAAUAGAAGUUGAAAAGAAAUGUAAAACCUAGCUGGGGUCGGCCAGUGGAUACUUAACCACUAAACGAGCUAUCAUAUGGUUAUGACCAAUUAGGACUAUUAAUUCCUGACGAUUCGUCAGGAAUUAACUCAGUGGGUUAUUCGUCAGUGACGAAUAACCCACCAUCAUUAGAGCUUUAAUCCUUAUUUUAGGGUUAAAAGUAUUAUUAUUGGUGGUGUAAAUGUGCAAUGUAGCCUUAGUGACCCUCGUAUAGUCAAUAAGCUUUCAACCUAACCAUUAACCCAAAGUUUAAUUAACCAAUCUCAGCGCCUGGGAAAUGAGUAGUAAUCAGGUUUGAUCCAGGUAAAAGGAGGUUAGUCCCAAUUGCUUGGAUCAAGGAUCCUUUACCGACAUUAAGGCUUUUUCUUUCUUUGAAGGACCAAUGGAGGUGGAAAACUGAAAUAACAUGAACACUAACACUAAUAUGGUAACCUGAAAAGGAUGACCACAAAAAAAUUCAGUCGAGGUGAAACUAGAUUAAAAUGAUACUGGAUGAACUCCGGUUACGGCCAAAUUUAUAUUAAUAAGCAAUGACUGUAACACCCCAGGUACCAUUAUUAUUAUAAUCAGAAAGAGGCGCUAAACCACAAGGGUUAUACAGCCACCCUGUCUAUGUUCUAGACAAUCUUCAUGCCUAGUUUGAACAAAUUCAAAUCACGGUCUUGAAGAGACUAGUAGAUUCGAAGCUCAUCAAAGUACAUAUUAUAUUGUAGAUGUCGCUAAAUAAUCAUAAUUUCUGAAAGGAAAAUGGUAGCUUUUAGAUAUCAGUAACGUUCGAAUAAUACGGUUUACUGUUCGAGACCCCUCAAGGGAGGUUCCUUGACGCUGGUGAGGGGCUCUUGAUCUAGGGAAUUGGAUUUGUGCUCCGGUUCCCUGAAUUGAGCCUGAAUACCUUCUAUCCCCCCCCACAUGCGCUGUAUAAUCCUACGGGUUUAGCGCUCCCCCAUGAUUAUACUAAUAUUGUUAGAGAAUGUAUGUAGUGAUGAAAUGGGUUUUCUUUAUACAAGUGUGUUCAGUUAUGUUCACAUAGUUAUUAUGGGAAGUUACUUAUACUAAGGAUGUGCUACGUUUAUAUACACUAUCACACGUAUAUUUAUUUGUAAUCACUGAAAAGCUUCCAUAUUUUGAAAUAUUUAUCAUUUGUCAGUGCGGUUUAUCAGUGUAAUUAAUGGCUUUGAGUAAGGCAUUUCGCAAAUGUGGAAAAGUAUAUUGUACACUACACACGGGCCAUCGACAUGGAUUGGUUGGGACGUGUCAGUUAGACUAAGUCCCAGAGGUACACAUACGCUUCUAAGUUUGAAGCCGCUCAGAUGUUGCAUUCUUAAGGUAUCGGCACCGCAUAUAGCUUCAUAACUAGGCAAAGGUUGGUCAAGUGGAUGGGUGGGAAUGGUUGGUUUUGAGGAGGACCUGCCUUGUAUGGGCCAGUACUCCUAUGUUCUUAUAAUACAACAUAUUGUUACAUAAUACAUUACAUAAAUAUAAUACACAUUUCUGUAUAAUAUAUAAGUAUAACUCCACGGCUCACCAUGCGAGUGGUAAUGUCGCCAGAAACAAAUCUAAUGGGUUCAUAUAUUUAUGGUUAAUAAACUUUUUGUACAAAU